GUUCGAACGUUCCUCUUUUCGCGACCACCUUGGUACCAACUAUUGUGAACUCGGCGGAUGGCUUCUACCGACGAAGUGAACCUUACUGCGCCGCACACUCCACAUGAGAGAGCAAUUGAAGCCUUCAACCAUGUCCUCCGGGAGAUCAAGCUUGCCGUGAUAGCGUUGCGUCGUAAUUGGGAUAUCCACGAGCCUAGGAUGUGGUCCAGAGCUGCAGGGUUGUCUGAUGUAAAACUCACGACAUUCACCAUCGAGGACGACCUCGUCGAGAUUAGAACUGGCGCAGUUAGCUACGGCACCAUAAUAUUUGGAAAGAUAAGAAUUCCCGCGGUGAACGAUGAACUAGGCGAGGGGUUCAUCCAUGUUAGGAUCCAUGACCCUCCUAACAAGGGUGAGGGGGACGUCAUGUUCCACUCCAUCUUUACGAUGGAGGGCAAACGAGAUGCGGAUGGACAUCCACACCUUUGGCGCGCGAUUCAGGUCAAGGCCGAGCCUUUGGAAUUCUUCAACGAAUGAAGGUUCAGAGUCACCUCCUAUUUAAAUUUUCUCCUUCUCCGCCUUCCAUUUCUCAGGACCCUCAUUAUGAUUUUUCCCCAUUCAUGAUAUGCCUACAGAAGUUCUCGUUUUUCUCGGGGUCCGAGGACGCCUGACGUUCACAAGCUCCACUAGCCCUUUCCGGCGGCGCCCGGGGGGAAACCUUCUUCGCAUGUGUCUUGACCUCAGAAUGUUCUACGGGUUAAUAGCAUUCUAAUUUAUGCUAACACGAAGUAUCAUCCUUGGCACGACCUUAGCUUUUCUUCUGCUGUGGAAGUCCUUGAAAGUAACAAAUACGAAAUUCACCUUAGUACAGAUCCCCACUGCAAGAUGCGCACUGCCAGCUUGAUGUCUACACGUGGAUUCCUACAUGUCCGCUCGUGGAAUGACUACCGGAGUUGUGCCAUGCACGACUAGUUUGUAUUUACAUACCAACUUUGCUACCACAUCCUCAGGGGCGGCAGGCUUGGGA